CUCGCUCUCCCUUUUGCAGAUACUGAGUGCGCACCUUCCCUGACUCCAUCCUUGGACCCCUGUCAGCUCCACAGUCGACUUGAAAGCAGUGGGAAUAUUUUUUUUUUCUCUCACUGGAAGUGGGAUAAAAACAAAAGUCCAACUUGUCGGCAGUGGUCCGUGAAGGAGCAGCAGAUCCUCUCCGUUCAGGGAGAUUUCGUCCCUCGUGUCCCAGAAAAUGACGAGUCCUCUGGAGAAAGUGGUGGCUGAGAAGAAGGAGACCAUCGAGGCGCUGAUGGACAUGUUUGAGAAGGGCGCCGAGGUGUUGGCGAGCGCCGUGGGGGAGCUGUUUCCGCUCUGCGAGGCGGCUGCUCCGGUCCUCAAGCUGGCCUUGGACAACGUCCACAGCAAGGAGGUGUUUUACGUCAAAGAGCAGUUCCUGACGGUGAGGACCAAGCUGGACGUGCUGUCCAACCAGCUGGAGGACAUCGAGUCUGAGCUCAGGAAGGGAGACCUGGACCGCGACUACUUCACCGUGGAGGAAAACAUCAGGAACCAGUUUAGGAAGUACAUGGACAUCCUGGAGGCGAAGCCGCAGUUCAGGGAGGUGAAGAAAAAGCUGUUUCUGGAUCACUUCACUAAAACCGGUAGAGAGAAGAACCUCUGUGUUCUCUACGAUGCUCUGAUGGGAACCAACACCUUCAAAGAUCCGAUUUUAGACACAGUAGAGAGGUAUGUUGGGAGGAACCGGCGCCUCCUGGAGGACUUCUGCGUCCGGAUGAAGGAGCUCUUCUGCCUUGGUUUGAUUUCUCUGCUGGGCUACUGCGCCCUCACCCAGAGCCCAGAGGAAGAGCAGGACAAGAUCCGAGAGUGGAGCACCAAAAUCGAAGAGGUAGAGUCCAAGAUGAAGGCAGCCAUCGAGUCCUGCAUAGCUGCGUUUCCAGAGCAAGCGAAACUAGACGUGCAGCGCCUCCUGCAGGAGACAGAGGAGGAAAAUCUUCAGGAUGCAGCUCAGAGUCUUCUGGAGUUCCUGGUGAAAAAGUACGACUGGGUCUCCUGGUCUGUGCGGCUGAUCAAAAACUCAGGCAAAGCCUUUGAGAAUCUGCGAGCCGGAAAGCACUUCCACCACAUGGCGGGACAGAACUGGUUCGAGGUUCUUCAGGGGAACGACGUCUGCCUGGUGGUGUCGUUCAGCACCGCGGCCCAGCCGGUUCCCAGCGACUGCGUCCGGCAGCUGAUGGAGGGUCCGGCCAGGAAGGGCAACGCUCCGGAGGCGGUGGAGGCGCUGGAGAAGCAGCUGUGCGGGUUCAUUGUUCACGCCAUCAGUCGGCACAAAGAGUCUGCAGCCGCGUGGAGCUUCCCGGAAGAAUGCCACUACUGGGAACGCCACAAGAACGUGGCCGUGUGUGUGCACUCGGAAUAACGCUCAAGAGCCGGCUUUAAAGAUUUAUCAUCCAUUUAAAGGGGCAGUGUUACGUAUAUUGUCUCUGUUUCUUUAAGAAGCUCUUGCUCUUCCAAACACUCCACCUUUUGUAUGUCAUCAGAGCGAUUUUCCUAUCAAGCGAUUAACAGCGUUUCUACCAGCGUUGCACUGAGAAGCAGCUCGUGUGAUAAGUUCAGCAGAUAUGCAGGUCCACCAGUGUUUACUAACUUCUGCUGCCACUAGUCUAGAGGAACUGAGUGGGGAGGGCUGCUCUGUAGGGAAGCUCGGCUUGGAGGAGCUUUGGGGAAACACCAGGAUUUCUCAAACAUGAAUAAAAGAACCAAAGCAACGCACCAGGUGUGUUUUUCAAGAGGGAGUAAAUUUAUAACACAAUGUAAAGCUAAAAAAGUAGAUUUUACAUAACACUGCCCCUUUAACUGCAGAAACCUUCAUCCUGCUGCAAUAAUGAGGAAUAAAACAUCAUUAUUUAUCCCUAUAUCAGCUGAAUAUAACUGCCAUACCAUGUAUCCUGUAGCUACUUUCACAACUUUAAGACCCAAAGUACUGUGUGGAUUCUGCUUCAUUUCACAUGCUUAUUAUCAGCAGUUCAUUUAUUUAACUGCAUCCAGGUAUAUUUUCUAUCACUGACAUGUUUAGCAUAAUGAGCAUAACGUAGAUCCCAGAUAACUGAAGCUUUUAUCUGGUGCAUAUAAAACUCCAGUCCGGAUCACUUUAAUUUCACUGCAGCUUCUUAACUUUGACCUCAGCUGCUUGCUGUAACGCUGCCGCCUUCAUUCAGCCCCAAAGAAAAGGCUCUGCUGAGUCGGCGUCUUCGUCCCAGAGCUGCAUGUUUGUUCCCCAGCAGGCUGACCUACAAAACUCUGACAGGGGAACAGAGGCGACUUCUUCAGGCGGGAGAUGUCACACUGUGUGCCUUAAGCUCCAGAAUAAAGAAACUCACAACACCCCGAAUGAGCUUUAAAGCUGCAGUAUGUAACUUUUAUAAAAAA